GACUCGUUCCACCCCGUCGACGGAGGCUCCGGCAGGAGCUGUCGCGAGUUUCAGGGCGUCGCGACCGUGACUGAGCCGGGUCCUCCUGGGAGCGGCAGCGCGGUCAUCGAGGUGGCCUCGAGGGUGAGUUCGCUGGAGGACUGCCAGUCCGCCUGCGCGAAAGCCUCGGUGUGCAGGGCCAUCGAGUUCGACAGCGACGUCGAGAAGUGCCGGGUGUGGUCCACGGAGCCGCAGUCCAGCGUUGCCAGCAAGGGGGCCACGUGCUUGGCGUUCAGGCCCGAGAGCGCUGCCGCCUGCCCUGCGGCGUGGCCGAAGCCUAACGAGACUUGGUGCAGCGCGCCAGGUGAGAAUUGCUUGCCGACGGGGUGCUGUGCGGACCCCGCCCUCAGCUGCUUCGCCAAGAACGGGUUCUGGGCCUCGUGCAGGCCGUCCUGCGAGCCGGGGCAGGUCGACAUCGUGGGGGACUCCACAGAGCAUCAGACUCCGUGGAGCUGCGAGCUCCUCGGGUGCGGCAACUAUCCUGGCCGCUUCGUGCCUCCAGACCGUUGGUGGUCGCCGCCAGAAUCCGCCACCCAGCACAACGGAGUGCAGCUGGCCGACGUUUACAUACCAGGUAGCAGGGCGCAUCGCGUCUUCAUCCUGGGCGAUUGGGGUGGAUCCGUCGACAAAGACCAUGGCAACUCCAUCGCGCCCGCCAACCAGGUCCACAAGAGAUGUCCGGCCAACUUCGUUGGCGGAGUAGACGACAGAGCCCAGUUUAACGUCAGGGAUGCCAUGGUCGGCAGGGCCGGCUCAUCCCUGCCCGAUUACGUGCUCAACGUAGGUGAUAAUUUCUAUUGGGCAGGCGUCGAGGAGCACUGCAAUUCUGGUCCCAUCAACAGCAUGGGGACCGAAGAGUAUGGGAUUUCGCAGUUCGAGCUUGUCUACGAGAGGGUUUACGUUGGCCAUGGGCUCAACGGCAAGCAGUGGCUGGGUGUGCUCGGAAAUCACGACUACGGGGGUUACAGGUUCGAGAAGGGUUGGGAUAAGGCCAUCGGCUACACAUGGCAUUCGGAAGCUGGCCGAUGGAUGACGCCCGCUCAGUAUUACAGCGUGAAGGUGUGGUAUGCAGAUUUCGCAGUUGACUACAUCUUCAUGGAUACGAACGUGUGGGACGCUUUGGACCCAGCCGAUGGGUCCGCGCACAACAUUUGUUCGCAGUACCACAACCCUGAUGGUGCAUCGUGUAGCCCUGGUCCUUCGUCCGUCUGGGACUGCCCGUGGUUUUUCAAGGGGCUUUGGGAUCAGCAGAAGACGUGGCUCGACGGCCUCGUUCCUGGAUUGGUUGGAGAUUGGCGCAUCGUCGUGACCCACUUCCCGCCAUACUGGGGGGUAGACGAGUGGCAAGACAUGGCCAGGAGACACGAGAUCGACCUGAUCGUCUCAGGUCACCGCCAUUUGCAGAACUUCCAUCUUCCCGGCGAUGCAGCGGAGAAGGUUUGGCAAUUCGACGCCUCUGACACUCUCAUGAGCGACUUCCUGGACCCGACCGGCUUCGUAGUGUCUGGCGGCGGCGGCGGCGUCACCUCUGAGCUCGAGCCCGCGGGUGGCGGCGAGGACGACCAGUACGGGUUCAUGGAGAUGACUCUGACGAAGGACACCAUAACGAUAGAAGCGAUCUCUCACCGUGGACAGACGAGGAAGAAGUCGACCCUCAAACACGGGUACGCCCAUAAAGGCAGCCGCCUCUUUGAGAGGGCGGCGGCCUGA